UCGAAAGCACAGUGUUUAUACGUAGUACAAGCGGAUUUAUGUUCGGCGCAAGAGGAAUAAAGGCUGACCGUUAAAUACUUUAUACAAUAGAGAUUGGACAUAUUUUCGUUUUUGCUUUUAGGUCAAGGCGCAGUAGAUAUGAUUUAUACUAAGGACUGAAAUUGCUCUUAAAAAGGCUUCUUUCUACUACGGUAUUGAAAGAGUACUUAUACAAAUAGGAAAUCCGGUCAGGAAACAGUUAUUUUCUUAUGUUUAAACUGCGAAGUGUUCGAAUCAAGAUUGGAAAUUAGAUAAACAUUUUCAGAGGUUAAAAAAUGAGGUUUAAAAAAAUUGAUUAUUGGAAAUACAAACGCAUUUUACAUGAAAGUUAUCAAACGGCAAGAUAGGAACACGAGUACAUAUUUUGAACUAAUGGAGAUCUAUCUGUUAAGGAUAUUUGGAGGAAUGCACCAUGGGAUAUCAAUACAACGGAUAUCAUUUGAUAGUUAAAAUAUAUAAGUAAAAAUGGAAGUACACCUAAGAUGUCAUUUGAGGUUUUCAUGUAAGCUUUAGCUGCCUACAACCGCCAGUAAAAAUACACGCCAACAAACGAAUCGUCUGGAUGACAUUUAUGCCGGUGAUAUCAUAACUACUUCAACAUUCCGCUACUCGUGGAUGGCGUUAUGAGCAAGUUUUUUUAGUUCACCAUUAAAUCAUAUUCCUCAGCUCCAUAUCGGAUAAGUUAAAAAAAAAUGGACUCCAUACUUCCAAUGGCCGACAACUGGCAACCAACUGUUCUCAGGAUAGUUCCGUUCUCGAGUAACAACGCGAGAAAUCUGGAGAUAAAAACAACGGUAAAGCGUCCUCACGAAUUCCGCGGUUUUCCCCUUUGUUCGGUAACCGGAAGAGAAAACGUUCGUUCCAAGACUAGUGCGGCUAAUGCCAAGAUACGAUCUCAAGCAAAAUCAGUUAACUUCGUACGUUCCGAUGUGAAUGAAGAGCUCGACGCAUCGUCUGUAAAGUCUGACGCUACUCAGUAUGGCUAUACUACAAUUACCGAGUGUGAAAAAAACGACAUUCUCACAAAGGUACACAGGCAAAACCCUAAAAUGAAGGCAACGGAAAUGCAUUCAGAAAUGAAAGAAUUGCUUAAAUUACGACUAUAUAACAUGAAGGACCAGCUAUCGUCGAUAGAAAACAAAGGUGAUAAUAAAGAGGAGAUAGCCCGCGUGGAAAACACGCUUACAAAACGUUCUAAGCCGAGUUAUGGCACCUCUCCCGACAGUCGGACACAAUGGUCUCAAGUGAACGAGCGCCCUGGGUCCGUGACUCCUAGUGAGUUAGAGCUACAUAGAAUGUGCGAUAGCUAUUAUUUUGAACAAGUGCAUAGCAGAAAUAGAUUCAAAUUGAAUGUUAAUCAGCUUCCUCGUGACGAGACUCCCAUAAACGAUCACGAUCCAGAUAAACUGAAUAUGAAGCAAGUCAUUGCAUUUUUAAAAACUGAAACUUCUAAAAACAUUCAGAAAAGGAAAGUGUAUUCACGGGACAGUGUUAAGCCACUGUCUCGGACGAACUAUGACAUUAAACAUAGUGACAGACCAUACAUGCAGACACUGGAACGGAUGCGGCCAACGCCCGAAUGCGUCUCUGUCAUGUGGGAUAAUGUUAAGUCUCUGUCUCGGUCGAACUUGGACAUAAAGCAAACCGUCAAACCAAACAUGCAGGCAAUCGAACAAAUGCGGCGAACGCCCGGAUGCGUAUCUGUCACAUCGGUCAAAAGUACGCCAAAUAUGCCAUAUAAAGAACGCCAUAAAGAUCAAGCACUUAAAACACACAGCUCAAUGAGCAUGAGAUCCAUGAAAGAGAAGCGUUCAAGGGACAGUCAUUCAGAAAUACAAAAACAUAUAAAAGAGUUUAAACUUUUUAGGUUUUUAGCUAUGACCCCCGAUGAAGCGUUGCAAAACACCUCUUCUGAUCGGGGCGUGACGCCGAAUGCAUUUGAUAAACUGUGUAUUAAAAACGAAGCGCAGAGUCCGAGAUGUUCCACUUCCAAAUCGUUGCGAAAGAUGUUCAGUGGUGGAUUUCGCAAAAGCAGCACUGCGCAUGUUCUCCAUCGACAUGUGCUCAAUCGAGCGACAAUGACCCCAAUAAUUGUCAACGAGAAAAGGGUAACUAUAAAUAGCAACAAUCACUUUGAGCAAGUAAAAACAUACAAAGCAAUACGACUACCAGUAGCAUUCGAUGUUGGACUAGAUUCGUCCGAGGACGAGACUUGUUCAACGACUUCUUCUUCAUUCUAAACGUGUUCAUGUGCACGAACAAAACGUGGUCAAUAGCAGGAAUUGUGCGCAAGUGCGCCAAAACGUCACGGGGAUUAAUUGGUUUCACAUGGAUUAAUCAUUAUUGCCUAUGUAUUUGACGAUUUGGCUUAUUUGGGCACUGUUUAUGAAUCAAGGUUAAUACAUAAGUGUCAAUAAGUCAUACGAAAUUGUGACUAAAUGGAUACACUGCACGCUUGUUGAUGGAAUAAACACCAAAUCAAUAUAUUUGCAAACUCUUCAUUUUAUGUUCAUUUUUGUUUGCGGAUAUUGUGAGCAUAAGUAGGUAAUACUAUUAAUUACUAUAUUCUAAUUAGUGGCAAUAUGAAAUUAUAAAUAUGCUGUUUUUUUAUAAUUAAAUUGUUCUUUCAUUCUGUGAUUUUCAUGUGUUAACCAUAAUAAGCAUAUUUGAAAUUUAAAUAAUGUAUAUCUAUACCUUAAUGUAGAAUAAUGACUGUUGAUUUUAACUAAAUAAAUGAUUCAGCGUU